CACUAAACACCAACACAUAUACAGAAAAAAAUGGAGAGCAAGAAAAUGGAAGAAAAAUACGCGACAUAGAAACAACAGCCGCAAUACUCUGUUAAGACGGGAACGAAAAAACGUGCUAUUAGUGAAGAUAUUUUCAUAAACUUUUUCCUAAAAAUUGUCAAUUGUAGUACAAUCCAAUUAUAAUUUGUAAAUACGUGCAUAGUAAAAAUUUAAAAAAACCAUUGAAAUUUGCGAGAUGAAACGGUGGAAAAAUGUUUGAAUGAGUGAAACAAUGAAUGAAAAGAAAAAAUAUGUCAGUGUGCAAUUCAACAACACUACUACGAAUAAGUGGCAGUUGAGCAGCAACAAAAACAACAUUCAAAUUAACACCACCACCAAUUAAAGAACAAAAAGAAGAACAACAUCGGCGAACUAAGCACCAGAAGACCGCAAUUACAAGAACAACUACAACAACAAAACAAAUAAUAUACGCACGAAAUCGAUUUUGAAUGGGGUUUAAUAGAGGAGACCACAACAAUAAAAAGAAAAACGUGUAAGGGAGCGCGCAAACAGGGAAAGGAAACGACAUCCGUAUAGCAGCAGCACCAACAAAGUUGGGUAAGCACAAAACAACAAAUAAAUUCCGGCAAAUAUUUCAAAGUCAAGAACUUUACAAAACUGAACAGCAUUUAAGUUCAGAGAAAAUCAGAAGGUAUAUUGAAUCUAUAUUUGUGUAGAAGGUGGAGCCCCCGCCCUCCUCGUCAACACGAAACAAGCGUACGCCACCAGUGUUGGGAAACGUCAACAUUGUAUUGUAAUUACAUAUUUUUUCUUAUUCGUGAAAAAGUACAUAAAAUACACCAAACUGCAACAACAACAAAAUAUAAAACACAAGAAACAGGAGAAUCAAAACACGAGCUCCGACGAAUCGUGCCGUAUGUGAAAACAGAAAAAUACAGAGUUGCGCGAUCAAUAGUAAUAUCACACACAUUCAAACACUCAUAUUGCUGCUUGUGUCGCCGUCGUCUUUGCCGUACGUCCGUUUCUUUCCAUCUCUCGCCUAGAACGUCGUCUGAUGUGAGUUUGACUGAGUGUAUGCGUGCGUGCAUGUAUGUGACUUUGCCGAUUCAGAAUUAGCAACACAAAACAUAACAACAAAUAAUAGAAAGACAAAAAAAAGUUUAAAAUUUCAUGGCCACCGGUUCUACGACUACAAGUAACAGCCUUAAUACCCCGCCCACCCAAUUUACCCAAAAUUACAACAAUACCACCACCAACGACAACGACAAAAACAACAACUUAAACUACAACGGGAACGUGAACAUCAAUAGGAACAGUAACUGCAACACAAACGAUUCAAAACCAACUUCGGACACCAGUUGCAGUAACAGCCUCACCAUAAGCAACAAUAACUUAAAUACAAGCAACAGCAGCAGUGUUACGGUUACGGCCGACGCUGCGACUGUGGCUAUAGCUAAAGAUAUGUUGCAACUGCAUCAUGGCUCAGCUUUAAACAACAAUAACAAUAAUAAUAACAACAUCAAUGAUGGCUUAAACUCACCUGCUCACAAUAACAACAACAACAAUUCCUCUUCGAAUUCUGCCACAAUAAAUAAUAGUCGUAACUCUAUGAUGACACUAGCAACCCCACCUGCCCCUCAACAACAACAACAACCGAGACCACCGCCACCUCCUGAUCAUGCUGUGGGCUUUCUCAAAUUUGAAGAUGAACUCCUAUACAUCACUGAAACCUGCACCAUUAUUGGACGAAACUCCUCAACCUCUCAUGUUCAUUUCCAUGUAGCCGAGAAUAAUUUGGUAUCUCGCAAACAUUUUCAAGUGUUAUUUGAUCCCGACACUAGGGACUUUUACGUACAGUGUCUAAGUAAAAAUGGCAUUUUCGUUGACGAUUUCUUACAGCGACGCAAUGCAGAUCAUCUUAAACUGCCAGCCAGCUGUUACUUUCGUUUUCCCAGUACCGAGAUUCGCAUACAAUUUGAAAGUUUUUUGCAUUCAGAUACUCCACCAGAUGUUCUGGGUGGUGGCGGCCUCAAUAACUUGAGUAAUAACUCCUUGAAUAAUAAUCAUCAUAAUAUAUCUUCAUCCUCUUCCUCCGCCUCUUCACAUAAUAUACUAAGUGGUCAUGUUGGUGGUGGUAGUGGUGGUGGGGGCGGCCUUACCGGCAAUAGCACCGGUAAUGUCCAUCAAGUUAUUAUAUCACCUGCCUCGGCUGAUGAGCUGAAUCAUCAACAGCAUCAUCAUCAACAACAAAUGCAUGGCCAUGGUGGUCAACCGAUGCAACAUGUGACAUCGCAACAGCAACAUCAUACCGGUUCCGCGGUUGGGGCAUCACAUUUAAUACCGAUGGAUAAUUCAAAUGUUAUAUAUUCACCGCUGAAAAUAUCGAUACCUAAAAAGGAGCAAAAGAGUCCUUAUCUCUCACCAACUGGUACAAUAAGUGCAGCCAAUAGUUGUCCGGCUAGUCCGCGUCAAGGUUUUCAUCAAAAUCAAAACAACUAUAAUAAUUAUAGUAACAAUAAUUUACAAAAUCAACAAGAUUUAUUCCAAACUCCAUCUACCGCCAGUUAUAAUCAUAAUGAGAAACCACCGUAUAGUUAUGCUCAAUUAAUUGUACAGGCAAUAUCGGCGGCGCCCGAUAAACAGUUGACUCUGUCGGGCAUUUAUUCAUUUAUUGUCAAGCAUUACCCUUAUUAUCGCAAAGAAACCAAUAAGGGUUGGCAAAAUUCCAUACGUCAUAAUCUCAGUUUAAAUAGGUAUUUUAUUAAAGUUGCUCGGUCUCAAGAUGAACCCGGUAAAGGUAGCUUCUGGCGCAUUGAUCCGGACAGUGGUGCAAAACUUAUAGAUCACAGCUAUAAAAAACGUCGCCAGCGUAGUAGCCAGGGUUUUCGUCCGCCUUAUGGCAUGCCACGUUCGGCUCCUGUGUCACCAAGUCACAUGGAGGAAUAUUCUGCAGAUAAUUCAAGGGAAAGUUCUCCUUUGCAAGAUAUUGUUUUACAAUCGGCUCCUGGUUCUCCCGGUAUGUCUUUGGAAAAUCGUAAUGUUGAUAAUGAGAUUGUUUAUCAAAACCAAAAUAUUCAGCAGUACGGUACUAACAAUACCCAUCAAUAUAACCCUUAUGUAACAAAUCAAAAUCAAAUUAUAACACAGCAACAUCAGGAAAUUUCGGGUGGAGGCGGUGGUGGAGGUGGGGUUGGUGCUCUUAUUGCUCUCAAACGAAAUCAUGCAAUGGUUGCUGGUGCCAAUACAGCAGGAGGUAAUUCAGCACUAACCAACAUGCAGCAUCAACAGCAGCAGCAACAACAACAGCAACAACCUAACUUGCAGGGUUUGCAUCCGGACAUCAUAUACGAGGAAAUGCCCACAGACUACAGUGGCAAUAUUGUAGAAUCAGGCGAUGAAUGUGAUGCUGGCUCCAAACGGCCAAAAGUUGAAGUACUCUGAUGUGUGAAAAAUCGCAACCGCAACCACAACCGCAAAAACAAUUAACUGUAAAUUCAAACAUCAACAGUUGUUGUUGACAAACAAACAAAACAAUUAAUUAUCUAUUAUCAUCAUUAUUAAUUCUAUGUUUUAUGUAAGCUUUAAUUUUUUCCAACAACAACAUGAAAAAGAAAUGUUUAGUUUACAACUACAACACACGACACAUGCAACACAAACAAACCCUACCUACCUACCUAAACAAACAAACCAAUUGGAAGAACUACAACAAAGCAACUUAAAACAUGUUAAUAUAAAAACCAGAAGUAACAACAACUAUAUCAUAAUCAUCACUCUAUCCCCUUUUCCCUACUCGUCUUACACCAAAUGUCCCACAUGAAACUCUAUCCGCAUUCUGCUCAUUAUUCUCGUUUCGUUUAGUUGUUUCUCUACUCUAACUACCUGUCCAAUUCAACAAUUCACCCAUAUUUACCUUGAAAAAGAAAAACCUUUCCCCUCCUGUGCCCUUAUUCGCUCGCUGAAAACUUUGUAAACAUUUAAACUCAUGCCACACAACAAAAACACUAAAACAUCAACUACAAAUACUUACUAUUACUUUUAUUUUUAUUACAUAAUUAUAUUUUAUGAUUUUUAUUUUAAAUUUUCAAAACACCCCCACACAAAAAGAGAAACGCAAAAGGAAUAUUGUAAACGUUACAAUUCUAACGUUAAUGAUUUAAUUAAUUAUACUAUUAUAAAUUUUUAUUGUUUUUAAAAAACACUCUAACCAACAACCAUGUUUUUGCUCUAUAUAUAAAUAUAUAUCUUACUAUCUACCAACCUACCAACCUAUCUACCUACUACACCACACACAUCUAAAGUAUAUUGAAUUUGACCAAAUAACCUAUUAAGAAAAUCACAUCUCUUGUAUUCUUUAUUAUUAUUAUUUUUUUUUUCCAAAAACGACUUCUACAUUUAAAAAUUUGUUUUUUUUUUGCCUUUUAUACUAGAUAUACAAGUUAGUAGUACAUAGUAGCAAACCACUGUUUGGAAACGAAGUUUGUCUUUGUAGUAUUACGUAUGUAAUUACUUAGGCCCUCACCCAUAUGGUUUCUACUUCUACUCUAUAUAUAUAUGGGUUUAAAUAUGGCACUCUAUAAAAGUUUAAACAUAUUUUAUGGGCUUAAGUUAGUUUUCCCUCUUUUAAUUUUUUGCUUAUGAAAGAAAGGAUUUUUUUUUAUAAUUUUGUAAUACUUUUUCUUAUCCGUUAAACGGAUAUUGCUCUUGAUUCUCUUUUUUGCUAUUGCAAUAUUAAAAACAAAAAACAAAUACUAAGAUUUUCUUUUAAAAUACAAUUUCAAAUUUAUUUUAAAAAUGAAAGGUAUUAAGAACAUCGUAAUCUAACAUAUUUAAUACCUACCUACUGCUAUUGUUUUUUUACGCGUGGGUGUGUGUGUUGUGUCUGUAUAAGAUGUUUGUGAGACGACGAAUUCAAUAUGCUUGUGGAUGCAAGGGAAAUUAUCGCAAAACAAAAAAAAAAAAUAUAAGGCAAAAGUAAAGAAAAUUUAUUUGCAAAUAAAAAACAGAAAACCAACACAUUAGCGAUUCGAUCACACAGUGCAAUUGAAGUGAAAUUGAUUGCAUUAAAAACAUGAAUAGACAGAAAUACACUUAAACACCUUAAAA